AGAAAAACUCAAUUUUCCCGCUAUUUCAUGCGAGUUGCAGAGCAUCGAUGGUCGAUGCCGCUCGGGUGGAUCCGGUAUUAGGGUUAUUCUAGGGUUUUUGCUAAUACCAGGGUUCACAUGUUUCUUUGGCGGAAUAAUUUGGUCCUUUUUUGUUCCUUAUUUUAAUUGCCGAAUCUGCAACAAGGGAGGGAAGGUCGGGGGAGUUGGAAGAGCAGACAAAAAGUUGUUUAAUCUUUUUUGCUUAAAGGAGAGUUUGGGCUCUCUGGGCUGCAUUAGGAGGGAAAGCUUGUGUUGAAACUAGGGUUUCCACGGCCGAGAGUUUUGUUGGGCCCGCUUGGCAUUUAAUACAGUAGAUGUAGGAGUGAAAGAUUUGGAGAUUUGAAGAUUCUCUUUUUUCAAUCAUCUGCCGCUUCCUCCUUGUAAUUUCUUGUCCUCUAAUGCAGUAAUGCUCUGUGAUCUGUGUAUCCCACAAAAAGAAAUGGGAAGAGAGGAGUGCUGUUAAUGAUCGGUAAAUCUGUUGUUUUCAACGUCUAACCAUCUUUUGAAUCUGUGUAAGAAAUGGGUUUUCAUUGGUUAAAAGACUUCAAUCUAUGAGCAGAACUGGCUCUUCUGUCUUGUGGGUUUUCCAUCAUUUAGGGUUCGAGAAGCCCGUAUAGCUACAUGGUACAGAAAAUGGCGGUAAAUGCUUCAGAGGAGAGAAUGCUGAAUAUUUCAUGGUUGGAUCUCUUACAACGACUCCCCAUUUUCUCCCCAGUUCAUCUCGUUGAGUUUGAUAGCAUUUAAAACUUUAAAGGUCCUUUCUGUGUCUGAAGAGCUGGAAGUAAGUUACGGGUAUUUUCAACUCCCGAGAGUCGCUUGUUGCUGCUGGUCUCGCUGCCUAAAGAACCGGGCGUUUCGAGUUCUGGUCUCUGUUUGCAGUAUCCUCAUGUCUUGGGGCUUCGAGGUUCGUCCAUGAUCAGGUACGACCACUGGUGAGUGACAAGUUUCGAAGUUUGGGGUUCAGCAAUAGCGACUUAUGCUUAGUUCUUAGUUGUAUUUGUAAAGAAAAACCAGUCCUUUUCUACCUGUGCUUUUCUGUGGAUCCUCUGGAGCUGAAUCGGGUUUUCGCUACUUGGGGGGUUCAGGGCUCGGAAUCUCCAUUAUUUACACCGCAUUGAGCCGCAGGUUGCUUUAAGGAAGUCAUUGUUAGAGCUAAUGAUGAAGCUCCUUUGGCUUUUAACAGUAUCCCUCUUUUUCAUCUCCGCUAUGGGGCAGCUUCCUUCGCAGGAUAUUCUGGCACUUCUCGAGUUCAAGAAGGGAAUCACGCAUGACCCAACUGGUUACAUCCUCCAGUCUUGGAAUGAGGAGUCUAUCGACUUCAAUGGCUGCCCUUCUUCCUGGAAUGGAAUUGUCUGCAAUGGUGACAAGGUUGCUGGGGUUAUUCUUGAUAAUCUGAGUCUCUCUGCCAUUGCUGACUUGAGCGUAUUUGCCAACCUAACGUUGUUAGUGAAACUUUCCAUGGCGAACAACUCCAUGUCAGGCACAAUCCCCAGCAAUAUAGCCGACUUCAGGAGCCUUCUUUAUCUGGAUAUGUCGAACAAUCUGUUCUCCUCUACUUUACCUCCUGAAAUAGGCAGGUUACAGGGAUUACGUAACCUGUCGUUAGCUGGAAACAAUUUCUCUGGAUCGAUACCAGAUUCAAUUGGUGGGCUCAGUUCUAUCCAGUCUCUGGAUUUGAGUCGGAACUCCUUUUCUGGGCCAUUGCCUUCAUCACUGACCAAGUUGAAAAAGUUGGUAUCUCUUAAUCUCUCACGUAAUGGGUUUACCAAGAAGAUCCCGUCUGGUCUUGAGCAGAUACCGAAUCUCGAGGUCCUUGAUUUGCAUGGGAAUAAAUUUGAUGGCCAUCUGGACGAGAAGUUCUUGCUUUCUACAAAUGCCAUUCAUGUUGAUCUUAGUGGAAAUUUGCUAGGGAGCGCAAAUUCACAGAAGCAGAAAUUUCUUCCUCUUAUUUCUGAAACUAUCAAGCAUUUGAAUCUAAGCAACAACCACCUGACUGGGUCACUGGUCAAUGAUGGCGAGUUUUCCAUGUUCGGAAGCGUGCAAGUAUUGGAUCUCAGCUACAAUCAACUGUCAGGAGAAUUGCCUGAAUUUAAUUUCGCAUAUGAGCUUGAAGUUCUGAGGCUUGGAAACAACAGGUUUUCAGGGUUUGUACCUAAUGGACUUCUAAAAGGAGAUUCUUUGGUUCUAACAGAACUGGAUUUGAGUUCUAACAAUCUGUCAGGGCCAAUUAGCAUGAUCACAUCGACAACUUUGACCAUCCUUAAUCUCUCAUCAAAUGAAAUUUCUGGUGAACUUCCAUUGCUGACUGGGAGCAUCAUUGUAUUAGAUCUAUCAAAAAACCAGUUCACAGGAGAUUUAUCCAAAAUGGUGAAAUGGGGGAAUAAUAUUGAGUUUCUUGAUCUCAGCCAGAACCAGCUGACGGGUUCAAUUCCUGAUGUAACCUCACAAUUUUUACGCCUAAAUUAUCUCAAUCUCUCAUACAAUUUUCUGAGCAGUUCUCUCCCAACAGUUCUGGCACAGUAUCCUAAACUUGUAGUCCUUGAUCUCAGUUCCAACCAAUUCAAUGGCCCCCUUCUGACUGAGCUGUUAACUUUGCCCACAUUGCAAGAACUUCAUCUAGAAAACAAUAGGCUCACUGGAAGCAUUAAGUUUGCCUCUCCUUCAAACAAACCCAGCCUUCAAGUUCUUGAUCUUUCUCACAACCAAUUUGAAGGCUAUUUUCCUGAUAGUUUUGGGUCUUUGACUGGACUUCAAGUGCUUCGCCUUGCAGGGAACAAUUUCUCUGGUUCUAUACCAUCUUCUGUAUCUGAGAUUAGUUCUUUAAUUUCACUAGAUAUAUCCCAAAAUCACUUUUCAGGUCCCUUGCCAGAUAACUUACCUAACACCCUUCAGAGCUUCAAUGUAUCAUACAAUGAUUUAUCUGGAGUUGUUCCAAUGAACCUGAGGAAGUUUCCAGAUUCUUCUUUCCAUCCUGGAAAUCCUGGAUUAAAACUUCCUGCAGCUUCACCAGGAUCUAGCAAUUUUCCAUCUCGAAAGCCCACUAGAAAACCAAUAAAAACCGUGAUCAAACUGGUAGUGAUAAUAACAUGUGUGGUUGCUGCGGUCAUUCUGGUCCUGUUAGCCAUCUUUAUACACUACAUACGGAUAUCAAGGAGGCCUCCACCUGAAAAUAUCACAAGCAAAAAUCUUAGUAGACGGGUACCAUCAAAUCCUUCAGGGUUUCAUGGAAGGGACAGUGGCGGUGCUUUGGUUGUUUCAGCUGAUGAUCUUAUAGCCUCACGAAAGGGAUCUUCAUCUGAGAUAGUAAGCCCAGAUGAGAAAAUGGCUGCAGUUACUGGUUUCUCCCCAUCAAAGCACAGCCAUUUCUCAUGGUCACCAGAUUCUGGUGAUUCAUUCACUGCAGAAAACUUGGCAAGGCUUGAUGUGAGGUCACCAGACCGAUUGGCUGGUGAGCUGUAUUUUCUGGAUGAUUCUCUAACCCUGACACCAGAGGAAUUGUCAAGGGCUCCUGCUGAAGUAUUGGGGAGGAGUAGCCAUGGGACUUCUUAUAGAGCAACUCUGGAUAAUGGGUUGUUCUUGACUGUGAAGUGGUUGAGAGAAGGGGUGGCAAAACAGAGAAAGGAGUUUGCGAAGGAGGCUAAGAAGUUUGCAAAUAUCAGGCACCCAAAUGUAGUUGGCUUGCGGGGAUACUAUUGGGGGCCCACUCAGCAUGAGAAGCUCAUUCUCUCAGACUAUAUCUCACCUGGAAGCCUUGCAAGCUUUCUCUAUGAUCGACCAGGAAGAAAAGGACCUCAACUGACUUGGACCCAGCGUCUCAAAAUUGCAGUUGAUGUUGCACGUGGCCUAAACUAUCUCCAUUUUGAUAGAUCAGUACCUCAUGGCAACCUCAAAGCAACUAACAUACUCUUAGAUGGGCCUGAUCUUAAUGCUCGUGUUGCUGAUUACUGCCUGCACCGCCUCAUGACCCAGGCAGGUACCGUUGAACAGAUCCUAGAUGCAGGUGUAUUAGGAUAUCGAGCACCAGAAUUAGCUGCCGCAAAGAAGCCCACUCCCUCCUUCAAGUCAGAUAUAUAUGCCUUUGGGGUGAUAUUAUUGGAACUUCUGACAGGGAAGUGUGCUGGUGAUGUGGUUUCUGGCGAGGAGGGUGGUGUUGAUCUAACGGAUUGGGUGCGGCUGAGGGUGGCAGAGGGGCACGGCUCAGAUUGCUUUGAUGCUGCACUGACUCCUGAAUUGGGGAUUCCAGCAGUAGAAAAAGGCAUGAAGGAGGUCCUAGGAAUAGCUUUGAGAUGUAUACGCUCUAUUUCAGAAAGGCCAGGGAUUAAAUCAGUAUACGAGGAUCUUUCGUCUAUAUAAUCCCUCUAUCUUGCUCUGUGGACUUGAAUUUCCUGUCCCAGAGGCCUCCUCACUCCAGCCCCUCUUUUUUUUUUUUCUUGUCUGUUGAUUUCUGAUGGGGUUUAACUUAGAUUUUCAGCAUUUUUCGUUUGUGUAAAGGGUCCUCUGUGUAAGUUAUGCACAAAAGCUCAUUGUGUUAACCAUUAACUCAUACUGCAAUGGAUCCAGAGUUCCAGAUGGAUGGAAUUGCCUAGUUAAUCAGCAUCUUUGGUGAUUUUUAAUUA